CUGUUUAGGGGUGUGCAGAGGGUCACACGCCCGCUUUGUUCAGAGGGGAAGAUAAGGCCCGCUGAGGUCAAGAAGGGGCCAAUGCGUUGUGCAGAGACUCCCCUCCAUUUCUCCCGCAUUUCGGCCGGGCUGCUUCAACCGUUCAUCUGCCCAUCCAUCCGUCCAUACGUCCAUCCUUCCAUCCAUCCAUCUGCCCCCCACCCGUCUAUCCAUCUGGCCAUCCACCCAUCCAUCCUUCCAUCUAUCCAUCCACACUUCCGUUCAUCCAUCUGACUCCCCAUCCAUCCACCCAUGCGUUCAUCCAUCUGUCCGCCCAUCCACUCACCCAUCCGUUCAUCCAUCUGCUCCCCCCAUCCUUCCACUCAUCCAUCUGUCCACCCAUCCAUCGAUUUAUCUGGCCAUCCACUCAUCCAUCCGUCCAUACAUCCAUGCAUCCGUCCGUCCAUACAUCCAUCCUUCCAUCCAUUUAUGUGUUCCCCCCAUUUAUCCAUUCAUACAUCCAUCCACUCAUCCCUCUAUCCACCCAUACAUCUGUCCGUCCGUCAUCCAUCCAUCCACCCAUCCCUCCUUCUAUCUAUGCAUCCAUACAUGCAUCUGUCCAUCCAUCCAUUCAUCCAUCCAACCCAUCCGUCCACCUGUCUGUCCAUCUGGUCCCACUUCCCCCUGCCGGGUUGCUGCAGUCAGUGUAGAGCUGGGGGUGGAAAGAGGGAUGAGCAGAGAGGCUUCAUGGGCUGUCCCUGGAAGGCGAAAAGGUGGAAGCUCGUUUCUUCCUGUGGGCAUGCCUGGUGUGUCUGGGGAAGGUGAGGAGUUCAUUAUUUUGAGAACUGAACGAUUCAUAGAUGGGGCCGUGGGAGAGGAGGAUAGACGGGUAGUCAGGGGCUAUUCCUGCAGGGCCUCAUGGGGUGCAGUGAGGAGCCUGGUUUCCAUCAGUUGCAGUGGGGACCCCUGAGAGAGUUUGGAGCAGGAAGGGCCAUGGCCAUGUUGCUUUUGACACAGACGCCUUUGGCUGCAUUGACAGAAGAGGCAGGGAGGGAAUGAGUGCGGACAUGGGGAAGCCAGUGUGGAGGUGGGGCAGACCAAAUGGGAGAUGGAAGGGAGGUCAAAGGAAAGAUGGGGGUGGUCAGGCCCGGGGUAGGGUCUAGGAGGGAGGUGACAAUCUGGGAGUCCUGGAGAGAGAGAGGAAGGGACAGCUGGGGAGAGACUGGAGAGGGAGAACUGAUAAGAUCUGAAAACCAUGAGCUCAUGGGGGUGAAAGGAUAAAAGGAGGUGAGGACAAUACCUGGGUCUCCCAUUUAGGGACAGGGGACAGUGGGGCUAUUUCUGUGACGGUGAGCUGGGAAGAGAAGCAGGUAUGGGGUGACAUGCUGAGCCUGGAUUGGGUCCUGCUGGUUCUAAGGGACCCGGAGGUUGUCAAGAGGAGACACCCAGAGGACAGCAGAAGCAAAGAACCUAGGGCUGGACCUACAGAUGGGAGAUUUAGGGACUCCUCCAUGAUCCCCUCCAUCUGGUCUGUCUCAGCUUCCUGGUUCUGGAAGUCCCCUUCCCCUUGUCCCAUUGACUUUUUUUUUUUUUUUUUUUUUUAAGACAGAGUCUCACUCUGUUGCCCAGGCUGGAAUGCAGUGGGGCGAUCUCAGCUCACUGCAACCUCCGCCUCCCUGGGUUCAAGCAAUUCUCCUGCCUCAGCAGGAGACCCCAUCUCUACAAAAAAUACGAUGAUUAGUUGGGCGUGCUGAUGCACCCACCUGUAGUCCUAGCUGCUCCAUUGGCUGGGAUCACAGGCAUGUGCCACCAUGCCCGGCUAAUUUAGUAUUUUUAGUAGAGACCGAGUUUCUCCAUGUUGGUCAGGCUGGUCUGGAACUCCCAACCUCAAGUGAUCCGCCCACCUUGGCCUCCCAAAAUGCUGGGAUUACAAAGUGUAAUCCCAGCCUGGGCAACAAGAGUGAAACUCAGUCUCAAAAAAAAAAAAAAAAAAAAAAACCUGGACUGUUUCUCCCUUUCACCUUCUCCCUGGAGUUAGUGAAUCAGCUCCCACAGCUGAAAUCAUAUCUUCAUCUGGAUGACGCAGGCACCUCUGUCUCCAACCCAGCCCCACGUGUCAAACUCCUUCUGGGUGUCUCCAGAGAGCGAGCUGUCUAUUGGCUUCCUCACCUCUCGCCUCCCACGUACCUCAUAUCACUCCAUGAUCAAUCUGGUACCUAUUGAGCACCUACUGUGUACCUGGCACAGUUUUGGGCCCUGAAGACCCAGUAGUGAACAAAAUAGAAGAUUUCCAUUUCCUUCCUGCCCUUAUGGAGCUGAUGGUCUACAUGGAGAGAAGGAUGGUGGAACGAGUAACAAAUGAUCCUUGGGCUGGGCACGGUGGCUCACACCUGUAAUCCCAGCACUUUGGGAGGCUGAGGCAGGAGGAUCACUUGAGCCCAGGAGUUCGAAAUCAGCCUGGGCAACAUAGUGAGACCCCAUCCCUACAAAAAAUACGAUGAUUAGUUGGGCAUGCUGGUGCACCCACCUGUAGUCCCAGCUGCUCCGUUGGCUGAGGCAAGAGGAUUGCUUGAGCCCAAGAGGUCCAGGCUGCAGUGAGCUAUGGUCACACCACUGCACUCCAGCCUGGGCAACAGAGUGAGACUCUGCCUCAAAAAUAAAAUUAAAAUUAAAAUUAAAAUUAAAAAAAAAAAAAAGGCCCUCGCUUGAAGGAGGUCACUUUUUUUUUUUUUUUUUUUUUGAUACGGAGUUUCGCUCUUGUUGCCCAGGCUGGAGUGCAAUGGCAAAUCUCGGCACACUGCAACUUCCACCUCCCAGGUUCAAGCGAUUCUCCUGCCUCAGCCUCCCAAGUAUCUGGGAUUACAGGCAUGUGUGCCUCAGCCCCCUGAGUAGCUGGGAUUACAGGCACUUGCCACCGCGCCCGGCUAAUUUUUGUAUUUUUAGUAGAGAUGGGGUUUCACCAUGUUGGCCAGGCUGGUCUCGAACUCCUGAUCUCAAGUGAUUUGCCCGCCUCAGCCUCCCAAAGUGCUGGGAUUCCAUGCGUGACCCACCACAUCCAGCUGAAGGAGGUCACUUUUGCACUGAGACUUGAAAGAAGUGAGAGAGCAAGCCAUUGGGUCAUAUCCGGGAACAGCAUUCUAGGCAGUAGGAACAGCCCAUGCGAAGGCCCUGAGGCAGGCUGGUGACUGGCUGGUUUCAAGGAACAGCGAAGGGUCUGUUUUAGUGGAGCGGAGUGAGCAAGGAGGACAGGUCCACGCAGGGUGUUUGUAGCCACCAAGGAGUCUGUUUUUUAUUCUAACUGGAACAGGAAGGAUUUUCAGUCCAGGAAGGGCGAGGUGUGUGGAUGGAGAGGGCUGAGAAGGGUGGAGGGGGAGGGUGCAGGUGUGGUGGUUCAUGGAGCCACCUUGGUGGCCUGGACAGGUGGUGGCUGUGGAGGUGGAUAGGAAGGUGUGGAUCCAAGGCGGUGGCAUCACCAAACACCCACCAAACACGGGUGGCUGUGGGCCAGGCCUGUGCCGGCCACCUCUGUCCCCUGUCCCUCUGCAGGCCCACAGAGGAUCAUGAAGGUGCUUCUCCUCACAGGGCUGGGGGCCCUGUUCUUUGCCUAUUAUUGGGAUGACAACUUCGACCCAGCCAGCCUCCAGGGAGCGCGAGUGCUGCUGACAGGGGCCAACGCUGGUGUUGGUGAGGAGCUGGCCUAUCACUACGCGCGUCUGGGCUCCCACCUGGUGCUCACUGCCCACACUGAGGCUCUCCUGCAGAAGGUGGUAGGGAACUGCCGGAAGCUGGGCGCCCCCAAGGUCUUCUACAUCGCGGCGGACAUGGCCUCCCCUGAGGCGCCCGAGAGCGUGGUGCAGUUUGCGCUGGACAAGCUGGGCGGGCUGGACUACCUCGUGCUGAACCACAUCGGCGGCGCCCCGGCCGGCACGCGAGCCCGCAGCCCCCAGACAACGCGCUGGCUCAUGCAGGUAAACUUUCUGAGCUACGUGCAACUGACGUCGCGGGCGCUGCCCAGCCUGACGGACAGCAAAGGCUCCCUGGUGGUGGUGUCCUCGCUGCUCGGCCGCGUGCCCACGUCGUUCUCCACUCCCUACUCGGCGGCCAAGUUUGCGCUGGACGGCUUCUUCGGCUCCCUGCGGCGGGAGCUGGACGUGCAGGACGUGAACGUGGCCAUCACCAUGUGCGUCCUGGGCCUCCGAGAUCGCGCCUCCGCCGCCGAGGCAGUCAGGGGAGUCACGAGGGUCAAGGCGGCCCCGGGGCCCAAGGCAGCCCUGGCCGUAAUCCGCGGCGGCGCCACGCGCGCGGCCGGCGUCUUCUACCCGUGGCGUUUCCACCUGCUGUGCUUGCUCCGGCGCUGGCUGCCGCGCCCGCGGGCCUGGUUUAUCCGCCAGGAGCUCAACGUCACGGCCGCGGCUGCAGCCUGAGCACCGGGGGGUGCCCCUCCAGUCCCAGACGGCAAUGUUCCUCCCUCCAACUGUCCCUGGAGCCAGAACACUCACAGAGACACCCCUGAGAGGGUGGCCAUAGCCCAAGAUGAAGUCAUCAAGACAGAAAAGCAAAACCCAGAAAAACGACGGGCACCUGGAACCAGUCACAGCUUCAGAGGUGCAGGUGCCCCGUGUUAGGUGCCUUUGUCGGGGACUUGCAAGGCCUCACCUGUUUGGCCAUGAUUGAUGACGUGACUGCUUCCAUUUUGCAGAUGAGGAAACUGAGGCUGAGAGAGGUCACGCCACCCUUGAGCCACCCAUGGACCCCUCUCCAUCUCCUGCCUGCGCCUCUAAGUCCCUGAUUUAUUCUUUCCAUUCAUUCCAUCUGGGAGGAACCCCCCCAACUCCUGCCAGCUUCCCCUAGCUGGGGUCUCUGGUACUCUUCACACCUGCAGGGGCGUCUACACUGUUCGUCUGACUGGUGGCAGGGUCUGAGCUGGAGGAGGAGGGAAAGAGUGUGUUCUGAGCUGGACCCAGCCUCCUGUUUGAGAAUAAAAACUCUUCUUCUCUUGCA